UGCUGUGGCCCGCCUGUCUGCCCCAGUCUCAGCGCAGCGGGGUGAGCCUGUCCUCCCUCUCUCCUCUGAACCGGUUUAACUGCAGACAUGCCGGGGGUACUGCUCGGAGACGUGUUCACCAAUUUCGAGGCUGACACCACCAUCGGGAAGAUACAAUUCCACGACUUUCUCGGCGAUUCGUGGGGUAUCCUGUUCUCUCACCCUCGAGACUUCACCCCGGUGUGCACCACAGAGCUGGGUCGUGCUGCCAAGCUGUCGGGAGAGUUUGCGAGGCGCAGCGUGAAGAUGAUCGCUCUGUCCAUCGACAGCGUGCAGGACCACCUGGCCUGGAGCAAGGACAUCGUCGCCUAUAACGGAGAGGCUCCCGACUCCACGCUGCCUUUCCCGAUCAUCGCGGAUGAGAAGCGGGAGCUGGCCAUCCAGCUGGGAAUGCUGGACCCCGAUGAGAAGGACAAGGACGGCAUUCCGCUGACCGCUCGCUGCGUGUUUGUCAUUGGCCCUGACAAGAAGCUGAAGCUGUCAAUUCUCUACCCUGCCACCACAGGGCGCAAUUUCGACGAGAUUCUGCGCACGGUGGACUCUCUGCAGCUGACUGCGCAGAAGCGCGUGGCCACGCCCGUGGACUGGAAGCUUGGUGACAGCUGCAUGGUGCUUCCCAAUAUUCCCGAGGACGAGGCCGCCAAGCUGUUUCCUGCCGGCGUUUACACCAAGGACCUGCCAUCAGGGAAGAAGUACCUGCGAUACACCCCGCAGCCAUGAGGGGGCAACGUGGGACAGAGCUGGACUCCUGACAACCUGCCGAGCUGAGAGAGAGAGAGAGAGAGAGAGAGGGGAGAGAGAGAGAGAGAGAG